UUCUUCGCACGAGGCUUCUUCUAUCCGCUGCGUUCGUCGUCUGAUCCCGCCCGCACAAUUCUUGACGCGGAUCCUUCUCGCUCUAGUAUAUAAGUAUCACGCACCGCACCGGCCCGACCUUUGCCUUCAUCUUCCCCUCCGAUCGACAUAGCGCGUGCAUUCGACGAGAGGGCGAAUCCGUCGCCUCCGAUGGGCGUUUUACCAGAUGACGCGGUCGCGUCCACCAAGUCGCUCGCCGCGCCCGUCAAAUCCGCCGUCGAUAAGUUCCAGCUCCUCCCCGCCUUCUUGCGGGUGAGAGGACUGGUGAAGCAGCACAUUGAUUCUUUUAAUUACUUCAUCAACCAUGAUAUCAAAAAGAUCAUGAAAGCCAACGAUCUCCUCGUCUGCCGCCACGAUCCCACCUUCUAUCUUAGGUACACUAACAUCGAAGUUGGGGAGCCAUCAGUGGACGUGGAUUUCUCCAUCGAGAAACUGACACCGCACCUUUGCCGCCUCUCUGACAGAACAUAUGCUGCACCGAUAAAAGUUGAUAUUGAGUACACAAAAGGAAAUCAACCAAAUAAGACUCCUGAAGUCAAGAGAGGUUUGGUGAUUGGAAGAAUGCCAAUUAUGCUUCGGAGUUGCCGUUGUGCUUUAAGUGGGAAGGAUGAAGCUGAACUUUCUAAACUUGGAGAGUGUCCUCUUGAUCCUGGUGGCUACUUUGUUGUUAAAGGAACCGAGAAGGUGAUUUUGAUACAAGAGCAACUCUCCAAGAAUCGUAUCAUCAUUGACACUGAUAGUAAGGGACGGGUCACAGCAUCUGUUACUAGUAGCACACACGAGACAAAAAGCAAAACUGUUUUCUUUAUGGACAAGGAUAAGAUAUAUCUACAACUCAAUCAGUUCAGUAAACCGAUUCCUAUCAUGGUGAUUAUGAAGGCUAUGGGAAUGGAAAGUGAUCAAGAGAUUGUACAAAUGGUUGGAAGGGAUCCACGAUAUGGUGGUCUCCUCCUCCCUUCAAUUCAGGAAUGUGCAUCUGAGAGGAUCUAUACACAGCAACAGGCAUUAGAUUACCUAGAUGGAAAGGUUGGAAGUUCUAAUUCUGCGAGAGCUGGGAAUAGAAAGGAAGGGCUAGCUAAGGCUAUUCUUCUUGAUGUAUUUCUUGCAAAUGUUCCGGUAUUCCGAGGUAAUUUUCGUCCUAGAUGCAUAUAUGCUGCUGUAAUGUUAAGACGCAUGUUGGAUGCAAUUCUCAAUACAGACACAUUUGAUGAUAAGGAUUAUGUGGGUAACAAGCGGUUGGAGCUAUCGGGACAACUGGUUUCCUUGCUCUUUGAGGAUUUAUUCAAAUCAAUGAAUGCUUUUGCUCUAGAACUUGUCAACAGAGCAUAUGAACACGCUAGCCGUUCUAGUCCUCUGGAUUUUAUCCAUUAUAUAAAGCAAGAUUUUAUCACACAUGGCUUAGAAAAAGCUAUCUCAACAGGUAAUUGGGAUUUAAAACGGUUUAAAAUGCACCGAAAAGGUGUAUCUCAGGUUGUUUCAAGAUUAUCAUACAUAGCAGCUUUAGGCCAUAUGACCCGGAUAUCACCACAGUUUGAGAAGACUAGGAAAGUAAGUGGACCAAGGGCCCUGCAACCAAGUCAGUGGGGUAUGCUUUGCCCUUGUGACACUCCUGAAGGAGAAGGUUGUGGGUUGACAAAAAACUUGGCUUUGAUGACUCAUGUCACAACUGAUGAGGAGGAAGGCCCGCUGAUUUCUCUGUGUCAUAGUUUAGGUGUUGAAGAUUUAGGACUUCAAUCUGGUGAGGAGCUUCAUGCACUACGAUCAUUUUUGGUUAUAUUUAAUGGGCUUAUACUUGGAAAGCAUAGACAACCACAGAGAUUUGCUAGUGCCAUGAGAAAGUUGCGAAGGUGUGGUAAGAUUGGGGAGUUUGUAAGCAUUUUUGUGAAUGAAAAACAGCAUUGUGUUUAUGUUGCCUCCGAUGGGGGUCGGGUUUGUCGCCCACUCGUUAUUGCUGACAAAGGAAUAUCAAGGAUUAAAGAACAUCAUAUGAAAGAAUUGCGGGAUGGAGUUCGUACCUUUGAUGAUUUUCUACGGGAUGGAUUGGUUGAAUAUCUUGAUGUUAAUGAAGAAAACAAUGCCUUGAUUGCACUAUAUGAGUGUGUAAAUGAUAUGGAUGACUCUGAGGAUGACAUCAAGAAAAGUUGCAUAACACAUAUAGAGAUUGAGCCAUUGACACUUUUAGGGGUCUGUGCUGGUCUAAUCCCUUUUCCCCAUCACAACCAAUCUCCACGCAAUACAUACCAGUGUGCAAUGGGGAAGCAAGCUAUGGGAAAUAUUGCUUAUAAUCAGCUUUGUCGAGCGGACACUUUACUUUAUUUGUUAGUGUAUCCUCAACGCCCGUUGCUGACGACAAAAACAAUUGAGCUGAUUGGGUAUGAUAAACUUGGGGCUGGGCAGAAUGCAACUGUUGCUGUUAUGAGUUACAGUGGCUAUGAUAUUGAGGAUGCAAUUGUCAUGAACAAGUCAUCUCUUGAUCGUGGUUUUGGCCGUUGUAUAGCAAUGAAAAAGUAUUCUGUUCUCAAAGAGAUCUAUGGUAAUGGUACAUCUGAUAGAAUAGUCAGGCCAAGAAAGGAUAAAGAUAACCAAAGAAUGCAGAUACUCGAUGGUGAUGGAAUUGCUGCCCCUGGGGAGAUAAUUCGGAACAAUGAUAUUUAUGUGAAUAAAGAAACUCCCAUAAAUACAAGGGAUAAGACUGGUGGCCCGAUGGGUUUGAAAGAUGAAGACUACAAAAGGACACCUGCUGUGUACAAAGGUCCUGAAGGUGAGACUACCGUGAUUGACCGAGUGAUACUUUGCUCGGAUACAAAUGACAAGUUAUGUAUCAAAUUUAUCAUUCGUCAUACUCGUAGGCCAGAGGUAGGUGACAAAUUUAGUAGCAGACAUGGUCAAAAAGGGGUUUGUGGUACCAUAGUUCAACAGGAAGAUUUUCCUUUUUCUGAGCGUGGGAUAUGUCCUGAUCUUAUCAUGAAUCCACAUGGAUUUCCCAGUCGAAUGACAAUAGGCAAAAUGAUUGAGCUUCUUGGUGGAAAAGCUGGAGUAUCUUGUGGUCGAUUUCAUUAUGGUAGUGCUUUUGGGGAACCAAGUGGCAAUGCUGAUAAGGUUGAAGACAUAAGUUAUACACUUGUAAAGCAUGGAUUUAGCUACAGUGGAAAGGAUUUUAUCUAUUCAGGCAUUACAGGUUAUCCUCUGCAAGCAUAUAUAUUCAUGGGGCCAAUCUACUAUCAGAAGUUGAAACACAUGGUCCUUGAUAAGAUGCAUGCUCGAGCUUCAGGGCCCCGUGUGAUGCUAACUAGACAACCCACUGAAGGAAGAAGUCGUGAUGGAGGAUUACGUUUAGGAGAAAUGGAACGUGAUUGUUUGAUAGCAUAUGGUGCUAGCAUGUUGAUUUUUGAACGUCUAAUGUUAUCUAGUGACCCUUACCAAGUUCAGGUAUGCAGGAAGUGUGGUCUCUUGGGGUAUUAUAACUACAAGCUGAAGACAGCCUUUUGUUCCAUGUGCAAAAAUGGAGAGAAUAUAUCCACAAUGAAACUUCCAUAUGCUUGCAAGCUGCUAUUUCAGGAGUUGCAGUCGAUGAAUGUCGUGCCACGUUUGAAAUUAGUCGAAGCAUGAUUGCUUGAUGGAUGGAUGGAUUUAGAAGGCAGAUAAAAACAUCAGGCAUGUAGCAAGAAAGAGGAGAAAGCAUGCCCCAAGCAGGGACCUUAAAAUCGAAUGCGAGGUCCACUCAACUUACCGUGGAUAGGAUUUUACUGCUUUUCCAGGAGGAUAUCAAAAUGGAUUUUACUCAUCUUAAAUGUUUUUACAUGUCAUUGUAAUUAAUUAGACUGCCUACGAUAGCUUUUUCCCAAAUAGAGAGAACUGCACUUGGAUAAA